AUCAGCGGCAAUUACCGGUAAAGGAAGCGGAAAAAAAGGAUCGAAAUACGGAAGAGAAGCGCUGGUUCUCGCAUUAGCUAAAUAAAAAUGAGGAAAGGUGGCUAAUAUAAUAAUUGGUGCGCAAGGCACUUCAGAUAUUGGAUUUUACAGCUCAUAAGAGAAUGAUUUAGCCAGUUGGCUGACAAGGCGGCUGCCGGCUUUUCCCAUGCUGAAAGCGGACAAGUUAAUCCAAAGAUGUCGUGGUUCAACCAUGUCACUCCCAGCCCGGACCAGCGGCGCUCCGGUGUAAGGCCGGCACCGGCGGAGGCGUCGCCGACGAUGGCAGCGCAAAACCGGGCUGGCUGCGUCGCACCCCCCGGCCUGGAGGUCUUCCCCUCGGUCCCCCGAGGCGCCUGUCCUCCCACCCUUGAAAACCUGACGUGCGGGUCCGGUGCGGGUCAGGUCCGAGAGCCGGAGCCCAUCUCGUACGUGAGUCUCCAGGAGCAGCGGUGCGUGCUGAGCUGGUUCCAGGGCUGGGGGGCCCCUCAGCGGGAGAGGUUCCUGCAGGACCUGGUGGGCAAAGCUGUGCCCGGGAAGGUGUGCACCCUCCUGGACUCUCUCAGUACUCUUCAGGUGAAGGACCGACUACCAAACAUAUUUGAGUGCCAGCUCCGCCUGUGGACCCAGUGGUUCGAGUCUUGGGGAGAAGAAGAGCGCAACCAUUUCCUGCACAUUCUGGAAGAGCGGGACCCCACGUUUGUCGCACACUUUUACGGCUGCGUGGCGGGAACAGCCGGCCGAGACUGAGUCCAUCUUGGAAGGCAGGGACUGCAAGCCACAUGAAUGUGUUUAGCAGAAGAGAGAAAUACAACAUGGAACUGUGAGGAGUCACGUUCUUAGUAUUUUCACCAACUUCUUUUUUUUUCUAUCAGUUUUUGCAAACAAUUCUUCAGGGAGCAGUCACACACACAUGCAACUUGUUUACAAACUUCUAUUUGCUUUAACACAUCCUGCAAAAAGCUCCUCCAAACCCAUACUUGAAACUAUGAGAAAUUGAUGAUGUUGACAUUUAAAAACUUUUUUUUGUAAACUUGCAUAAAUAAACUAAAACCCCCCCGGAGUUUUAUUCUUUCCAGCAAUCUGAUGCUUUAAAAACGGAGGUGUCCAAACUAUUUUCAACGAGGGUCACAGUCUGGAAAAUAAAAGGAUGCAGGGAGCCAUUUAAAGAUGCUAAAACCAAUCCAAUAUACAAACCUCAAACCCAGUGAAGUUGUCACGUUGUGUAAAUAAAAACAGAAUACAAUUAUUUGCAAAUCAUUUUCUACUUAUAUUCAAUUGAAUAGACUGCAAAGACAAGAUAUUUAACGUUCGAACUGGAAAACUUUGUUAUUUUUUGCAAAUAUUAGCUCAUUUGGAAUUUGAUGCCUGCAACAUGUUUCAAAAAAGCUGGCACAAGUGGCAAAAAUGACUGAGAAAGUUGAAGAAUGCUCGUCAAACACUUAUUGGGAACAUCCCACAGGUGAACAUGCUAAUUGGGAACAGGUGGGUGCCAUAAUUGGGUAUAAAUUCAUUCACAAACAAGGAUGGGGCGAGGGUCACCACUUUGUGAACAAAAGCGUGAGCAAAUUGUCGAACAGUUUAAGAACAUUUCUCAACCAGCUAUCGCAAGGAAUUUAGGGAUUUCACCAUCUACGGUCCAUAGUAUCAUCAAAAGGUUCAGAGAAUCUGGAGAAAUCACUGCACGUCAGCGGCGAAGCCCCUGACCUUGGAUCCCUCAGGCGGUACUGCAUCAAAAAGCGACAUCAGUGUGUAAAGGAUAUCACCACAUGGGCUCAGGAACACUUCAGAAAACCACUGUCAGUAACCACAGUUGGUCGCUACAUCUGUAAGUGCAAGUUAAAACUACUAUGCAUAGCCAAAGCCAUUUAUCAACAACACCCAUACAUGCAAAAUGGCUAGUAAUGCCUGAUACAUAAUUUCAGGCAUUUUUAGACAUAUUUCAUGUUUGGUUUUGGAGUUAUAUUUAUGUAACUUUUAUAUUUAGUAUGACAGUUAUACUGUCAUAUUGUGUAAAAACACAAUGUUGUAUUUGCAAACCUUACAGAAACACCUGAUUCUAUUAAACCUCACACAGAUACAUAAUUUCAAGCAUUUUAAGACAUAUUUCAUGUUUUGGUUUUGGAGUUAUAUUUAUGUAAGUUUUAUAUUUAGUAUGACAUAUUGAGGGGAAAAAAAACAAUGUCUUUGCAAACCUUCAAAAUAUUUUUUUUUAGUAAAACUCACAAAGACUCAUUAUUCCAGGCAUUAUUAGACAUUUUGCAUUUUUGGUUUUAAAGUUAUGUUUGAAUACAUUUUUUUGUUGCUUUUUUCGCAUUAUCUCAGGAUUCUAAGAACAUUACUGUCAUAUUGAGUAAAAAAACUACAUUUUACAUAAAAAUGUUUGCGUAUGACAUUCUGACGGUAAAAUCGCAUUUGUGUGAAAACUGUUUUUUUUUUAGGUUGAUUUAAAUUAGUUGUAAAAAAAAUCAUUUAACAGCACUAAUUGAUAGACCUAUUUUAGUAUAUAUCAAAGUGGCACACCCGCAUUCAUUAUUAUUUUGGUCUACAUUUAUAAACAAAAUGAUUCUAAUCAAAUACUACAGCAUAUAUUUGGGGGUAUUUGUUUAAUUUAAACCAGUGGUCCCCAACCUUUUUAGAACCGCGGACCGGUAUUUUUUUUUGUCAUAAAAAAAUACAAUCAUGUGUGCUUACGUAAUGUAUCCCUGCAGACUGUAUUGAUCUAUAUUGAUAUAUAAUGCUGGUGCACUAAUUGUAAGUGUGUCUUGUGUUUUUUUAUGUUGAUUUAAUAAAAAAAAAUAAUAAUAAAAAAAAUUGUCCCACGGACCGGGGGGGAGGGGGGUAUUUAUUUUUUUGUCAUAAAAAAAUACAAUCAUGUGUGCUUACGGACUGUAUCCCUGCAGACUGUAUUGAUCUAUAUUGAUAUAUAAUGUAGGUGCACUAAUUGUAAGUGUGUCUUGUGUUUUUUAUGUUGAUUUAAUAAAUACAAAAUUGUCCCACGGA